AUGGACACCUCCCGGGUCGGCGUGCUCCUGUCCUUGCAGGUCCUGCUGCAGCUGGCGGCCGGGGGCGGCUCGCCGAGGCCGGGCGCGCUGCUGCGGGGGUGCCCCGCGCACUGUCAGUGCGAGCCCGACGGCAGGAUGCUGCUCAGGGUGGACUGCUCCGACCUGGGGCUCUCGGAGCUGCCUUCCAACCUCAGCGUCUUCACCUCCUACCUAGACCUCAGUAUGAACAACAUCAGUCAACUGCCCCCGAGUCCCCUGCACAGUCUCCGCUUCCUAGAGGAGUUACGUCUUUCUGGAAACGCUUUGACGUACAUUCCCAAGGGAGCAUUCGCUGGCCUUUAUAGUCUUAAAGUUCUUAUGCUGCAGAAUAAUCACCUAAGACAGGUACCGGCGGGAGCACUGCAGAAUUUGCGAAGCCUUCAGUCCCUGCGUCUGGAUGCUAACCACAUCAGCUACGUCCCCCCGAGCUGUUUCAGUGGCCUGCAUUCCUUGAGGCACUUGUGGCUGGAUGACAACGCCCUGACAGAAAUCCCUGUCCAGGCUUUCAGAAGUUUAUCAGCACUGCAGGCCAUGACUUUGGCCUUGAACAAAAUACACCACAUACCAGACUAUGCCUUUGGAAACCUCUCCAGCUUGGUAGUUCUGCAUCUCCAUAAUAAUAGAAUUCACUCCCUGGGAAAGAAAUGCUUUGAUGGGCUCCACAGCCUAGAGACUUUAGAUUUAAAUUAUAAUAAUCUUGAUGAAUUUCCCACUGCCAUCAGGACACUCUCCAACCUUAAAGAACUAGGAUUUCACAGCAACAAUAUCAAGUCAAUACCUGAGAAAGCAUUUGUAGGCAAUCCUUCUCUUAUUACAAUACAUUUCUAUGACAACCCCAUUCAGCUUGUUGGAAGAUCUGCUUUUCAACAUUUACCUGAACUAAGAACACUGACUUUGAAUGGUGCCUCACAAAUAACUGAAUUUCCUGAUUUAACUGGAACUGCGAGCCUGGAGAGUUUGACUUUAACUGGAGCACAGAUCUCAUCUCUUCCUCAAACCGCCUGCGAUCAGUUACCUAAUCUGCAAGUGCUAGAUCUAUCUUACAACCUGCUGGAAGAUUUACCCAGUUUUUCAGUCUGCCAAAAGCUUCAGAAAAUAGACCUGCGACAUAAUGAAAUCUUUGAAAUUAAAGUUGACACUUUCCAGCAGUUGCUCAGCCUCCGAGCUCUGAAUUUGGCUUGGAACAAAAUUGCCGUUAUUCAUCCCAAUGCCUUUUCCACUUUGCCAUCUCUAAGAAAGCUGGACCUAUCGUCCAACCUCCUGUCGUCUUUUCCUGUAACUGGGUUACAUGGUUUAACUCACUUAAAAUUAACAGGAAAUCAUGCCUUACAGAGCUUGAUAUCAUCUGAAAACUUUCCAGAACUCAAGGUUAUAGAAAUGCCUUAUGCUUACCAGUGUUGUGCAUUUGGAGCAUGUGAGAAUGUCUAUAAAAUUUCUAAUCAAUGGAAUAAAGAUGACAACAGCAGUACAGAUGACCUUCAUAAGAAAGAUGCUGGAAUGUUUCAAAUUCAAGAUGAGCGUGAUCUUGAAGAUUUCCUGCUGGACUUUGAGGAAGACCUGAAAGCCCUUCAUUCGGCGCAGUGCUCGCCUUCCCCAGGCCCCUUCAAACUCUGCGAAUACCUGUUUGGUAGCUGGCUAAUCAGAAUUGGAGUAUGGACCAUAGCAGUUUUGGCGCUUACUUGCAAUGCCUUGGUGACUUCCACAGUGUUCAGAGCCCCUCUGUACAUUUCCUCCAUAAAACUGUUAAUUGGGUUAAUAGCAGCAGUGAACAUGCUCAUGGGGGUCUCCAGUGCUGUGCUGGCUGGCGUGGACGCGUUCACUUUUGGCAGCUUUGCACAGCAUGGUGCGUGGUGGGAGCAGGGGGUCGGUUGUCAGGUCGUCGGCUUUUUGUCCAUUUUUGCUUCGGAAUCAUCUGUUUUCCUGCUUACUCUGGCAGCCCUGGAGCGCGGGUUCUCUGUGAAAUACUCUGCAAAAUUUGAAAGGAAAACCCCCUUCUCCAGUCUGAAAGUGAUCAUUCUGCUCUGUGCGGUACUGGCCCUGACCAUCGCCACGGUUCCACUGCUGGGUGGCAGUGAGUUCAGUGCCUCCCCGCUCUGCCUGCCCCUGCCCUUUGGCGAGCCCAGCACCACAGGCUACAUGGUCGCUCUCGUCUUGCUCAACUCCCUCUGCUUCCUGGUGAUGACCAUUGCCUACACCAAGCUCUACUGCAAUUUGGAAAAGGGAGACCUGGAAAAUAUUUGGGACUGUUCUAUGGUGAAACACAUCGCUCUGUUGCUCUUCACCAACUGUAUCCUUUACUGCCCUGUGGCUUUCUUGUCCUUCUCCUCUUUACUAAACCUCACAUUUAUCAGUCCUGAAGUCAUUAAGUUUAUCCUUCUGGUGAUUGUCCCGCUUCCUGCAUGUCUCAAUCCCCUUCUCUACAUCCUCUUCAAUCCCCAUUUUAAGGAAGAUCUGGGGAGCCUGGGAAAGCAAACCCACUUCUGGACAAGAUCGAGAAACCCAAGCAUGAUGUCUAUUAACUCUGACGAUGUCGAGAAGCAGUCCUGUGACUCAACCCAAGCCUUGGUAACCUUCACCAGUGCCAGCAUAGCCUACGACCUACCUUCCAAUUCUGUGUCACCGCCAGCUUACCCAGUGACCGAAAGCUGUCAUCUUUCAUCUGUGGCAUUUGUUCCAUGUGUCUAAUUAAUAUGUGAGAGGAAAAGUUUU